AUGCUCCCUUUCGGCGUUGCUGCAAUUGUCUUGUCUGCCUUGGCCAUGUCCUCUGGGGCACUGGCCAAAGUGUGGGGCUUCCGCCUGGUGGGCAACAUCCUCACAUACUCCCGCAUGGACCCUAUCAUCCAGCAGAAGGACGGGGGUGUAAGCGACCAUGUGCACCUUGUCAUCGGCGGCUCUCGUUUCCGCGAUGUCCUUGACACAACCCAAGAUAUGCUGAAGGCCAACUGCACCACUGUUGCGUUUGCUGAGGACAAGUCCAACUACUGGCAACCUGCCCUCUACUACAUCAACCCGGAUGGCACCUACUCCAUCGUUCCGCCGUACAACAUUGUCAUCUACUACCAGUCUGAGUUCCAAAACUCAGUUCCCUUCCCUGAAGGUAUGCGCAUGAUCACUGGCAAUGCCAUGAGGCGCGACCAGGGAUCAGAGAGCUUCCAAGGUAUUCGGCUUGAGUGGAAGCAGAAGGCCGAGUGGGGAGAGAAGUCGCAGAUCUUUCCCACCAAAGCAGCCCCGGACGAUUUGAGGACCAGGCUUCACUUCCCGUCUUGCGGCCUCGCAAGCCAGGACCUCGACUCACCCGACCACUUCUCACACAUGGCUUUCCCGAUUCAUGGAGGCAGCUACUGGGUUGUCAAUGCCAACAGGUGUCCCGACACUCAUCCCAUUGCUUAUCCCCAAGUCAUGCUGGAGUCUUUCUAUGAGCUCACUGCCGAGCAGAAGGCCAACUGGCGUCCUGGACAGGCGAACCUGGUCUGGGCCAACGGGGACACUUAUGGCGACACCCUGCACGCCGACUUCGUGAACGGAUGGCCGACCCACAUCCUUCAGCAAGCUAUUGACAAGAAGAUGGAAGCUUUCGUCGAUCCGGUCGACAGAAUUUUCGGACAGGACGGUAGCACUCAGUAUCGUGCGGCUCAACAGUGUCUCAUGGAGGGUGACAUCGUUGCUGAGGAUGUGGGAGCCAUCACUCCCCUGAAGCAGCUUCCCGGAUACAACCCUCUGUGGGGCAAUGACGUGAAGAAGAAGCCCACCGGAAAUGCUGCCAAGCCGGGAUUUGUCAAGCCCAACCUGCGCUGGCGCAACGGCCUCGUGCUGCCGGGUCAGGACACCAGCAACCCCGGCAAUCUCAAGGCUGUCGACGGCAGGCCUGUCUCGCAGUGGCCCCUUCCCAACCGCAGUACCCAGCAACAGGUGAAUGACGCGAACAAGAACGGCACUCCCAACAGGGCCUCAGUGCCUGGCCUUGAGAACAAGCCCGGUUUCACCAACACCAAGCCCACGACCACUAUCUCCAAUUAUCCUAUGGAUGAAGUAGCGACCGGUCACCGCACCCAGACUUGGCUUUGCAGCGUGACCAACCAACCUAACUGUGGACCGGGUCCCACCGCCCGGUGA